AUGGUAAGGCACCGAAGGGGUUUCAUAUCCCUUCAACGACAGGCUAUUCAGGCUAACCCUUCUACUUCCAGGGACCGUUUCCUCCUCUCCGGUCUCCCUCUAACUGUACCGCGGCGCCAACGCACUCGACACUACGACCAGCUUGUCGCCCUCCCGCUCCAUCAGCCCGAUAAAAACCCGUGCUUUCCUCAGCAUCACGAAGGAGCCGCCCUGGCUACGUCCCUCCUACUGCACCUAAGCUAUCUGCGACCGCCCCGACUACGUCCCUCCCACUGCACCCAAGCUGUGUGCGACCGCCCGGACGUUCAACCUUCCAUCGGGACCGGCUGCGCUGAAGAACAAGGACGUCCCUAUUCCUGGACUGUCGUCAAUGGGAGGGCCUCGAAAACGCGCGUACCGGCGCUGGGCGAAGCAACACGGGUGAAGAAACUCGAGGGCAGCGAGCGCUUCUUCCCUGUGGAGCUCGUCCUACUAUCCAUGGGCUUUUUGGGCCCGGAGGAGCUGGUUCUGGGCGACAUUGAGAAAGAUGCACGCUCCAACAUCAAGACCCCGCCUAGCAAGUACAGCACAAGCCUUCCGGGAGACUUUACUGCGGGAUAUUGCCGUCGCGGCCAGUCUCUAGCUGUCUGGGCAUUCAGCACCUCUGAAAUUCCCUCGCUCUUCUACUCCAUUGCUGGCAACUCCGACUCGCCCACGCCAGAACCUCAGCAUCGCGACGUCAUGGAGGAUCGCCCCGAACGCGGAACACGCAAGCCGCAGCGAUAUAUCGAAGAGGUUUCGAAGGACCGUGGCUGGCAUAUGUUCGGUGCGGACGGAUUGAAACCAAAGCGUCCUCCGAUUACCAUCAAAAGGGCAUGCAAGAAAAGGACUGGUGCUGGCGGUGGAGCGCAAAGGAGAGAAGCCGGUUGA